AUGGUGAUCGUAGUAGAGAUUGUCGACAACAGCACAAAAAAGCCGUUUCUCGGUGGGUGGAAAGAUGUGAGAACUCAAAGGGAGUAUCACAACGCGACAACUCAGACUCGUCCAAGAGAUCCAAAAGUAUCAUGGGAUUCCCUGACAAGUCGAGACACGCAAACGACGGUGUUUGCAGAUAAAUCGACGGAAGUGCCUUUGGAAAAAGAUAGUCAAACGUUCGAAAAUGGAAUUCAUAUACCCAGGAUAUCGGACAAGUAUUUAUUGGCGGGAAAGUUCGAACCGAAACAAAGGAAAGACGUUUUACAAGAUGGCGGCGCUUCAAGUGAGAACCUCGAAGCCUUUGCGGUAAAAAUUCAAAAAUGCUACAGAGCUUAUCGGACGCGUGCGAUGAUACGACACUUCGCAUCGAUAUUUCGCAACCUGGUAAGGACGAAUGUCAGUUUUUACAGGACGUUUGAAGAGCAGCAUGGAAACAGGCGACAACUUCACAUCAUAAAUUCGACAAAACCGCGAACUCGGGACGAUUUUGAAAUGCUCUACAAUUUGGUGGAUCGUUGGAGGAUCGAGGAAAUUGAACGGGCGAACCGGACUUUCAUGAAGUGUUCAAAGAUGGCGGCGCACGCGGUUAUAUUGCAGAAAGAAAUCGAACUGCUCCGAGCGAUCGACAGGAUGAAGACCGAGGUGAAGCAGGCUCAAGUGGAGAGACGUAACAUGGAGUUUUUGAUCCGUCGAACAAAGCCGAUUACCUGGACGGGAUACAGAGGAUGUACCGUUUCUAUGGAAACACUUAGAGUACAGAAGGCAAAAGAGUACAAAAGGUUGUACGAGUCGAUGUCGCGGAUGGGUUUAACGGUCAAAGAGCGUUUGAAUCUGCUUCUCGAAAUCAAGGAAUUUUUUAAGGCUCACACGUGUGAAAUUGUACUGGAAAUAAUCUACCUCAUCGAUCAAGAGCUCUGCUUACUAUCGAGGAACGUUCACGAGACGAUGCUGGAGCAAUUGAGGGCUCGCUUGAAAUUGGCGUUCCUCUAUUUCAUACGGAAAGAAACAUCCUGCGACGCCAAAUGUCGGACAGAGGAAGAAGCCGUUGCGUUAAAUCAAGGCCCUGGGGGACGACGGGUAAUAACAAACCAAAUGACCCGAGUUUGCGGAAGAUGUGGGAAACUUCUGGCCAUCACCAGAUUCGGCCUCAACAGGCACCAGCGGAUUUCGACCUGCUUGAACUGCGAGAAUAUCGCGCCAAAAUCCUCGGUUCGCCCGGUGCACGAGCCCUUCGACGAGAUGCUGCGGAGGGUGCGGAAACACGAGGCGAAGAUGAAGGCCUUCGAUAGUGUGGCCUUCGUGAUAGGACCGAAGGGCAUCCGGCACUUGGUGACGGUUAUUUGGCAUGGGAAGUCAGGAAUCUCGGAGUGCACAGAUUUGCAUCAGCUGGCGUUGGUUAGGUUCCAAAAAGAGGCGACUUGGGCGCCUUGGAACACUUUGGUUCUUACGAAGAGGGAGGCUAACGUUCACGAGGAAAUUGAAGAGCCAAAUCGCGUUUACAGCAAACAUCUGAUUGAAAAGUUUUUGAGGAAAAAUUUACAAGCCAGAGUUACCUUCAAGUCCUUGGAUAUGUUUGCCGUGACUUCAAUGAAUGAUUCGAAAGCACGAAUCAUCAAUGUCGAUUUGUGA